UUCUGCUGAGGGUUUUUUAUUCCCUCAGAUCCAGAACUCCGCAAAUUUAGAAAUGCUGUUUUAUUCAGUUUAAUCUUUAAGUAAAUGUGUCUGACAUCUUUAGCUAAUAUGAUAAUGUAGUUAAUUGUGUUUGUUGUGUAUUGCCGCUUCCACAACAAAGAGGGUUGCCAGAUACUUGAGUUGGAGCUGGUUUGAACGUGUUCCGUCCUGCCCCUCGUCCUCCACGAGCUUCACGCCCCGCAGGCAGCAUGGAGGACCAGAGUGAGACCUGCCGAAUGAACAGCCAGCCGGCCGAAACCGCGGAAGCCCCCCGGCCGAAGGAGAGCAUGCAGCUGAAGAAGGAGAUUUCUCUGAUUAACGGGAUCAGCCUCAUCGUGGGGAACAUGAUCGGCUCGGGUAUCUUCGUCUCGCCCAAAGGCGUCCUGCUCUACAGCACCUCCUACGGGCUGUCGCUGGUGAUCUGGGCCAUCGGCGGCAUUUUCUCGGUGAUUGGCGCGCUGUGCUACGCCGAGCUGGGCACCACCAUUAAGAAGUCUGGGGCCAGUUACGCCUACAUCCUGGAGUCCUUCGGGGGCUUCAUCGCCUUCAUCCGCCUGUGGACGUCGCUGCUCAUCAUCGAGCCCACCAGCCAGGCUGUCAUCGCCAUCACCUUCGCCAACUACCUGGUGCAGCCCCUCUUCCCCACCUGUGAACCGCCGUAUUCGGCCUCCCGGCUCCUCGCCGCCGCCUGCAUCUGUCUUCUCACCUUCAUUAAUGCAGCAUACGUGAAGUGGGGCACCAGGGUGCAGGACCUCUUCACCUACGCUAAAGUCCUGGCGCUCAUCGUCAUCAUCAUCACUGGGAUAGUCAAACUGUGUCAGGGAAACACGCAAAACUUCGAGGGCUUUUUCGAGGGGUCGUCCCGGGACCCGGGGGGCAUCGCUCUGGCCCUGUACUCCGCUCUGUUCUCCUACUCCGGCUGGGACACGCUUAACUUCGUCACUGAGGAAAUCGAGAACCCAGAAAGGAAUCUCCCGCUGGCUAUAGCUGUGUCGAUGCCCAUCGUCACCAUCAUCUACAUCCUGACUAAUGUGGCGUACUACGCCGUGCUGGACAUGAGCGCCAUCCUCGCCAGUGAUGCUGUGGCUGUGACGUUUGCUGAUCACACGCUGGGAGUGAUGAGUUGGACGAUUCCGAUAGCCGUGGCUCUGUCCUGUUAUGGUGGACUCAACGCCUCCAUCAUCGCUGCAUCCAGACUGUUCUUCGUGGGUUCUCGAGAGGGUCAUCUUCCAGACGCUUUAUCAAUGAUUCACGUUCAUCGCUUCACUCCAGUGCCUGCUCUCCUCUUCAAUUGCGCCAUGGCUCUGAUCUACCUGGCCGUGGAGGACGUCUUCCAGCUCAUUAACUACUACAGCUUCAGCUACUGGUUCUUCGUCGGCCUGUCCAUCGCCGGACAGAUUUACCUGCGCUGGAAAGACCCGGAUAGACCCCGCCCACUGAAGUUGUCUCUGGUGUACCCGGUGAUCUUCUGCUUGUGCACGGUGUUCCUGGUGGCAGUACCGCUCUACAGCGACACGCUCAACUCCCUCAUCGGCAUCGCCAUCGCCCUGUCGGGGGUGCCCGUCUACUUCCUGGGCAUCCACCUCCCCGAGUCCAAGCGCCCUCCAAUCAUCAGCAAACUGCUGCGUUCUCUGACCCGCUUCACUCAGUUCACUUGUUUCUGUGUUCUCACUGAGAUGGAUCUGGAGGAAUAAGACCCUUACUCAACGUCCUGAACCAGAACUGGGGGUCCGGUCCCGCUGUGUCCUGCUGCUGUCCUGUGUUAGAGGUCGGGGGAAGGGGAGGCAGUGAUGCGAAUGUGCUGGAAUUUAUCCUGCAUUAUUAAUAACAACGCUUUCACAUGGAGGAGAAGGACCUCAGUGAUCAUGUGAUCAGUCACAUGAUCAGUCACGUGACCUUUUAAAAAGAAAAACUGAACAGAGAAAUCUAAACAGAGCUGCAAGAUGAGGAAAGUGUUUGUUUCGAUGACUGAAACUCAUUUAUAACCCUGUUAAUCCACCUCUCAGGGACACGAGCGCCGCGGUGGUGAAAUACGGACAAACACGGAUAAAUCCGGACAGAUCCGUGACGCGGGACUUCGUUUGUCUUCCCGUCGCAUCCACUGUAGCAUUAUCUUUAUUUUUAAAUGAGUUAAUUUAGAUUACAAUGAAUUUUUAGAUUUUUUUAGACAUAGAAAGUGAGUUUAAAAUCAGUUUAGUGUUUAUUUUAUUUUUUAUUUAUUAACAAAGUUAUUUUAUUUUAUGCAUCUUUGCAUUUUUAGAGUAUGUAGAAUAUAUAGAAUAUCUGUUAAACCUUAAAGCAUUGGAGCAUUUGUUGAAGAAAAAAAGAAAUAAUCCUCUGGACGAAGGAAAUAACGACCAAAAGCCUUAAACCACAAGCCUCCUCUAAAUGAUCUAUUAUAUACAUUUCAUUAUAUCACAAAUCGUAGAGAAACUAAGAAGGGAAUUCUUGUUUGCACAACCGUUCACUCUCAUAUUAACACUGGUAAUUUGUUUUUAUACACAGUUAUGCAUAUCAUAACAUUAUGACCACCUCUUUGUUUGUUUCUAUACUCUACUCAUUUCACCCUGUUCUUCAAAAACCACCACAGAGCAGCUCUUUAUUAAUAUUAUUAUUAUUAUUAUUUAGGUGGUUGGUGGUUAUUCUCAGCACUGCAGUGAUUAGCAUGGUGGUGGUGUAUGAGGUGUUAGUGUGUGUUGAGCUGGUACAGCUGGAGUUUUUAAACACUGUUUAUUAUCUCACCUUGUAGAUAAAGUAAAGUCAGAGACAGAAGAUCUGAAUGUGUUGCUGCACAGUUUACUGUCAUUAUCAUCCUGUAGUCCUUCAUCAGUACAGGGUACAGGACACUGCUGGCCCAAAAGAUGGUGCCCACGGGACACUGCUGUCAAUCGGGGCGUCGCUGGCGCAUUGGAAGCCGCUGGUGCACGGGAUGCUGCUAGCCCACAAGACGUUGCCCACGGGACACCGCUGGCGUAUGGAACACUGUUGGCCACAGGACAUUAUCCAUGGGACACUGCUGGCAAUUGGGAACGCCACUGGCCUACAAGACAUUGCCCACAGGAUACCUCUGGCCCACGGGACACCGCUGGCAUAUGGGACGCUGGUGGCCCACAGGACAUUGCUGGGAAUUGGAAUGCCGCCCAUGGGACACCACUGGCGUAUGGGACACUGCUGGCCCACAGGACGUUGCCCAAGGGACACUGCUGGCAAUUGGGACACCGCCCAUGGGACACUGCUGGCCCGCAGGACUCCACUGGCAUAUGGGACGUUGCUGGCCCACAGAAUGUUGCCCAAGGGACAGUGCUGGCCCACGGAACAGGACCAAUAGGAUGCUGCUAGCGCAUGGAACACCACUGGCCCACAGGACAUUACCCACGGGACACUGCUAGCAAUCGGAAUGCCACCCAUUGGACACUGUUGAAGCAUGGGACAUCACUGGUGCACAGAUCGCCAUCCAGGGGACGCUGCUGACCCACGGGACGCUGCUGACCCACGGGACGCUGCUGGCCCACAGGACAUUACUCACGGGACACUGCUAGCAAUCAGAACAGGGCACACAGGACAUCGUUGGUGCACAAGGGACUCUGAUGGCCCACGGGAUACCCAGUGUCUAAUAAAGUGGGGGACAGCAAAUAAACGGGACACUGGCAACGGGAAGCCGCCCAUAGUGCAUUGUUGGAGAACUAUUUUCAGUGCAGCAUCGACACUGAGGUGUUAAAAAACUCCAGCAGCACUGCUGUUUUUGAUCCACUUAUUGUACCAGCUGAACACUCACUAACACCUCAUACACCACCACCAUGAUAAUCACGGCAGUGCGGAGAAUAUAUAUAUAUAUAUAUAUAUAUAUAUAUAUAUACAUAUACAUAUACAUACAUAUACAUACAGUACAGGCCAAAAGUUUGGACACACCUUCUCUUUUUCAGUGUGUUUUCUUUAUUAUCAUGACUAUUUACAUUGUAGAUUCUCACUGAAGCAUCAAAACUAUGAAUGAACACAUGUGGAGUUUUAUGUAUUUAACAAAAAAAGGUGAAAUAAAACAUAUUUAUUCUAGUUUCUUCAAAAUAGCCCCCCUUUGCUCUGAUUACUGCUUUACACACUCUUGGCAUCAUUCUCUCAAUGAGCUUCAAGAGGUGGCCACCUGAAAUGAAAAGUUUUCCAACAGUCUUGAAGGAAGGAAGGAGUUCCCAGAGGUGUUUAUUAGCACUUGUUGCUCCUUUGUCUUCUUCACUCUGUGCUCCAGCUCACCCCAAACCAUCUGGAUUGGGUUCAGGUCCGGUGACUGUGGAGGUUCAGCUCAUUUUUUAUUAAGUACAUAAAACUCCACAUGUGCUCAUUCAUAGUUUUGAUACCUUUAGAGAGAAUCUACAAUGUAAAUAGUCAUAAAAAUAAAGAAAACGCAUUGAAAAAGGGAAGGUGUCCAAACUUUUGGCCUGUACUGUGUUUACUAUUAUUAUUAUUAUUAUUAUUAUUAUUAUUACAGCUGCUUAACAGGCUCUUAUGAUCAGUGGAGCUGAUAAGAUGAACGGUGAAGAAGUGCAGAAACAAACAAGCAGGUGGUCAUAAUGUUCUGGUGCGUUCUGGGAUUUGGUAUGAUGAUGUUUUAUAUAAUAAUCUUGCCACUGGGGGGGUGUGGGUAGUUAGUUAAAGUUUAAGUUAAAGGGUCUUCAGCUCUACCUCUACGUUAUUUUCACGCUGAUGUUUAUAGAACACCUACACACGUUUUUUGUUUUUGUUUUCUGGGCAAAAGUACCAAAAAAAAAAAAAAACAGCACAUUCAGGAAUCUUCCUCUUCUCUGGAUCUCAGAUGUUCAGAUAUGCAGCGUAAUUCCGUUAGUCAGAGGCAUAUGUGAUGUUUUGAGGCGGUCGUGUCUGUUCUGACGUCUUCUUCCAUAUUUCAGGACAGUUGUUUUGAGUUGUUGAGUUUGAAUGUGAUGAAAUAUGUAUCAGCAUGUUUCUGAUUGAGAUCAUUUUUACACAAACUGCAAAAGGAGCAUCCUGCCAUCUGCUGGACCAAAGCAUGGAAGCUCAUGUUCACUGUGGUCGAGGUGGCAGGGUCUAAACUCUGCUUCUAAACUCUGCGGCACUUUUGUGAAGUGCGUCUGAAGAGGCACAUAGGUGUUAUUUAAUUUAUUAUUAUUAUUAUACAGAACAUCAAUAAAACAUUUCUGAAUCA